AUGCCGGAUGAGCCACGGCGCAUUAUCUUGGAGAAAUCCAGUACUGUUAAACGCCGGUAUCAGCGCAGCAACCAACGAUUCCAAUUCACCGCCGCAGAGAUCGCGCGACUAGACCGCGAGGAGGAACGAGAGAAGAAAGCGAAGCAGCUGCGCGAGAAGGAAAAGAAACGCAUUGCUAAUAAAAAACGAAAAGCCGAGCAGGAGGCACGCGCCCGCGAGGAGCGGAGGCGCCGCGGUCCCUCCGAACCUUGUGCAUAUCGCGUCCCGUCGAGCCAGCCACUCCUAUCGAUGUUUUUGGGGAAAUCCUCGUCUACUACAGCCGUUGCUCCUGCGCCUGCGCCUGGCCCCGCUCCUACGCACGCAACUACUGAGGUCGAGGCAGAGCCGCAUGAGACUAAAGAGGACACGGACCCUGGGAGUGCAGCUGGCGAUACGGAAGCUGAAUCAGACGCAUUCGAUGAUUUAGAUGAAGAACUGAAAUUAGAGGAAUACGGACUAUCUGAAUUGGGCGCGGGCAUUGUGGAUCACAAAGGAUCUAUAACCACAGAGAACAAGGCCCCGACCGAUGAUGACGACGAAUUCUCGGACUGUUCGGUCUUUGAAGACGAUGCGAUCGCUACAAGAAUGACUGACGAAAUGAACGAAAAGGCCGCAACCCCUACCCUACCUGAGCCAGCCCUUCCCCAGUCCGUCUCUCGCCGACCGGAAACGGUGCCCGCAUUAUCACUAGAAUCCUCAUUUGGAGGCCCCUUCGAGUAUGAAGCGGCGGAUUUCUUUGAAGCCGAGGCAGCCAUCACGCAAACACCCAACGAGAGUAGAGCUCGUCCCCCGCUGCAAGAAACCCCACACUUGCGACCUUUGGAGCAACCGCGCACUAUGCCCGCGUUGGCAUCUUGUGGAGAUUCCUUCCGGGAUGAAACUGCCGACUGGAUUGAAGAGGCAUUUGCAUGUGGUGGCGAUGAUCCCUUCGUUGGACCUAACAAGAUACCCUUACAAUGA